ACUCUCUUUCUAUCUGUCUCUUUCUCUCUCUAACAGACUUCCCCCACACAUACUGACACACCCCUCCCAAAUUCCUAGAGAGAGAAAACACUGACCCAGAGAAACCAUAGCCCCCAUUUCCCUCUUUCUCUCUCUAAAUUUCAUCUAUACCCCUCCUAGAGAGAGAGUGUCUAGCUCUCUUUAACGAACCCAAUUCUUCUUUUUCACUCUGUUGCUCUCUUUUUCUCUCUGUAUUGCUCUGUUUUUGUGUGUAUUGUAGUGAUUUUUGUUUUUUUUCUAUUGAUUUUGUGUUGAAUGUGAUGUACCCUUUGUGAGAUUUGAAGCCCUAGAGUUUGUGGAUCGUGGGUUGGAGUUACAUUUGAAUGUGAAGGCAGAGGGGGAGAGAUUUGGGUAGAUCAGGUUAUGAUGGCGGAGAUUUCUGGUGAUGGAGGUGGUUUUUUGCCGGAGGUUAAUAAUGGACGUGGGGUGGAUUCUCAGGCUACACCGACGCCGAUUACGGCACCGAAUCCGACGCCGUUGACGGUGUCGGGAUCUUUCAAGGAAGGGAAAAGCUCGUCGCGUCGCCGGACGUCCGUUAGGCCGAGUAUGGACGCCGACGACUUCUUGAACUUGUUGCACGGUUCGGAUCCGGUGAAGGUGGAGCUCAAUCGCCUUGAGAAUGAAGUGCGAGAUAAGGAUAGAGAACUCGGGGAAGCUCAGGCGAAGAUCAAGGCUUUGAAGUUGUCUGAGCGGCUUAGAGAAAAGGCAGUUGAAGAGCUGACUGAAGAACUAUCAAGGGCCGAGGAGAAAUUAAAAUUGACAGAAUCUCUCCUCGAAAGCAAGAAUCUUGAAAUAAAGAAAAUCAAUGAUGAGAAGAAGGCUUCAAUGGCAGCUCAAUUUGCUGCUGAAGCCACUCUUAGGAGGGUACAUGCUGCUCAAAAGGAUGAUGACAUGCCUCCAAUUGAAGCCAUUCUUGCACCUUUGGAGGCUGAGCUCAAGCUUGCACGACAAGAGAUUGCUAAGCUACAAGAUGACAAUAAAGCAUUGGAUCGUCUUACCAAAUCAAAGGAAGCAGCUUUGAUUGAUGCUGAGAGGACUGUUCAAAGUGCCCUGGCCAAGGCCUCUAUGGUGGAUGAUUUACAAAAUAAAAAUCAGGAGUUAAUGAAACAGAUUGAGAUUUGCCAGGAAGAAAAUAAAAUCUUGGAUAAGAUGCACAGACAGAAAGUUGCAGAGGUUGAAAAAUUAACGCAAACUGUGAGGGAGCUGGAGGAGGCUGUUCUUGCUGGUGGUGCAGCAGCAAAUGCUGUGAGGGAUUAUCAACGCAAAGUUCAAGAGAUGAAUGAGGAAAGGAAAACUCUUGACAGAGAGUUGGCUCGUGCAAAGGUAACAGCCAACCGAGUGGCUGUUGUAGUAGCAAAUGAAUGGAAAGAUGCAAAUGAUAAGGUUAUGCCAGUAAAACAGUGGCUUGAAGAAAGAAGAUUCUUGCAGGGAGAAAUGCAGCAACUUCGUGAUAAACUUGCUAUAACCGAGCGAACUGCAAAGUCUGAAGCACAACUGAAAGAGAAGUAUCAGCUGCGGCUCAGAGUGCUCGAAGAGAGUUUGAGAGGGUCUUCUGGUGGUAACAACCGAAGUACUCCAGAAGGGAGAAGCGUAAGCAAUGGCCCCUCUCGUAGGCAAUCUCUGGGUGGUGUUGACAACAUCUCAAAAUUAACUUCCAAUGGAUUUUUAUCCAAAAGAACACCAGGUUCGCAGUUUAGAUCUCCAUCCUCAAGCAGCACGGUGUUGAAACAUGCUAAAGGCACGUCAAAAUCAUUUGAUGGAGGCACGAGGUCAUUGGACCGAGGAAAGGUGUCAUUAAAUGGACUUCUACCCAGUUAUUCAUUCAAUCAGUCCUGUGAUGCAACCAAGGACGGUGAAGUAAGUAAUGAUUGGAAAAGUAAUCCUGAUGAAAAAGGAAAUGAGUCUCCAACACUUGAGAGUGAAGACAGUGUUCCGGGGACGUUGUAUGAUUUACUUCAAAAGGAGGUUAUAGCUUUGAGAAAAGCUGGUCAUGAGAAAGAUCAAAGCCUUAAAGACAAGGAUGAUGCCAUUGAGAUGUUAGCAAAGAAGGUAGAGACGCUGACCAAAGCAAUGGAGGUUGAGGCAAAGAAGAUGAGAAGAGAAGUGGCUGCCAUGGAGAAGGAGGUAGCAGCUAUGCGUGUGGAGAAAGAGCAAGAGAACAGGGCAAAGCGAUUUGGUGGUAGCACUAAGGGUCCCGUUAGUGCAGCACAACUGCUUCCUGGAAGAAAUGUUGGACGAGGUGGGUUGAAUCGCAGCACGCAAUAACAAGAAGCCGAAUCUGCAUUUGUGCAACCAAGUUUCCACAUAGUUAAUGAUCUUUGUUCUUUUUUUACUCUAUUCUAUUUUCUUCCUGAUGAUUGAUCAUAGUAGUGUAACCCGCAUGCCAAUGACCUUGUGUCCGUUAGAAUUGUUGCCAAUAUAGAAAGAGGAAAGAUUUGGAAAGAUGACGCUUCAUGGGAAGGUAAUUGGUAAUGCAUCUGACUUAGGAUUGUCAUCCCUCUGUUUAGAGAUCAGUAAAAAAGGGGAGAAAGAAAAAGUUAAAAGGAAGAAUAGUUGACUUGUUGGCUAACCAUCUUCUGUCAGGUUUGUUUUUGAGUGAACCAGUGGUUGUGUGAUUUGUAUAGGUAGUCUCUCUACUUAUUGGAAUUUUUACUUUUGUUUCUUCUAUUGUCACAUUCAGUUGAUAUAUGAUAUGAUGUAAUCUGCAAUGAGUGUGUUGUUGGUUCAGGUAUUGUUAAUAUAUUCUUGUUAUCACACCAAA